GUUAUUGCAUUGUGUUUAUGGAAACAUGGAUUCAUCAGGGUGAUAAUAUCUUGAUUUCUGAUUUUGACGUUUGUUUUAAUAGUGAUAGGUAUUUCUCAUGAAUUUAUAAGAGUUCUGCCAACAGAGAAAAGAAAUGCCUGCUGAUUGGCUAUAAGCAAGUUUAUUUUCUAACCAUAAAUAGUUACCUAGUAGAUUGGGAAUCAAAAAAAGUGUAAGCAUGAGUUUCGGCGAUGCAGUGGUGGACAGAACUCUAAAUACAUCGAAUAGGCACACAUACUGUGUGCACAAGUUUAAGUUGGUCGAGGGCACCUGUACAUUAGGCCUACUUCGACCUGUUUAGGCCUUGAUGUUCUAAAGAUGCCUCUUGACUGGCUAAAGAAAUAAAAACCUGUACACACAGUAUUUUCGUUUCAUAGGAUUUGGGCUGCUGCAUAAGGUACAUGCUGUUUAUUUCGUGUUAGCAAUGUCUGUCUCAUACUUUGCAGCUUAUUUAGAUAUCAAGACCCGUUGAGAGAGUGAGAAAUAAUGGCUGAAAUUAUAGACAAUGAUUUUGAAAUACUUAUGGAGGUUAAUCCGCCAUUGCCACCUGAAGAUCCUCCACUACCGCCUGAUGCACCACUACCUCCAGAGGCACCGCCACCUCCACUUCCUGAAAUGCCACCAAUCGACAUUGGUGAAGUUAAUGCCGCUACAAAGGAAAAGGGGGCAUCACCGUCACCAAUGCAAAUGUCCAAUUGCGUAAGCCAAACGUUGGACUUUGAAUGUGGUGCUGGUGGGCCUGAUGUCGCUGCCAUAUGCCCUAUGCGUAAACGGGUUCGCUCCGAUACUGAUGUUAUUGAGGAGUCCAAAAGCUACAAGAGGACUUGUCCUAUGUUUAAAUCUGCUGAUACGAUGUUAGAAAAAAGAGCCACAAUUGAUAUUGUUGAAAAUGGAGUUGAGACUGAUAAUGUUGUAGAAUGUGGUGCUGAAACUGAGAACAUAGUUAGCACUGAUAACAAUUUAGAGAAUGAACUUGUAACUGAUGAUAUUGUAGUGAAUGGUGUUGACCAUAUAUGUGACGAUCGUGUUAGUAAUGGUGGCGAUGGGAAUGAUAAUGAGGACGGGGCCGAUGACGACCAGACAGAGGAUGGGGAAGUUGAAGAGGAGGUUGAGCCAAUUCAGUAUCGCAUGAAAGAGUUUGAAAUAUUAGACGACAUAGAACUAGAAUCCGACAUCGACGAUGUUGCAGGCAGCAACAAGGGAGCCAGUGGUAGUGGCUCAUCUAGCGACGAGAGCGAGGAGUAUUUCGACUUUGAGGAGAUCGAUGCGAUGCUCGACGAAGGAAUGGCACAAAAGAAACCAGUACCGCCAAAGACUGAACCAAAUGCUGAUAAUAAGGAUAACGCGACACCACUUGAGAGGCAGAAAGUUGUUCUUGUUGAAAAAGGCCAUGACCCAUUUGAGGUGCUACCAGAGGGAUGGGUGUCGGUGACCCAUGAUUGCGGCAUGCCCGUCUACCUCCACAAGCAGUCAAGAGUCUGCACGCUAUCAAAGCCAUAUUUUCUUGGACCAGGAAGUGUACGAAAACAUGACAUUCCUCUCAGUGCCAUUCCUUGCCUCCAGUACAGGAAAGAACUUGCAAAGGAACAAACAAGGAUGAAAGAGCAAGAAGAUGAACAGAAAUCCUGCCAACAAGAAUCCAAACCGGUUGACGAGCUGUUGACCAAUGGAACUGCUAGUGAUAUAAAUGGUGCUGAACUUAAACCGUGUGAGAAAACCGACCCAUCUCAAGCCAGCCAGAAUACCGCAGAUGUAAAAGAUAAAAAGGUGCAGAUGAUCAAAAUGGUGCCAAAAGUGAAAAUCCAGUCAGUUGAGGAAAAACACAGAGAGUCGAAUUUAUUGUCGACAGAGGUGCAGGCGUAUUGUAAGAAGUUGUUCCAGUUUAGAUCCAUAACAGUCAAGCGUUUCAAUACCUGGAAAGACCGCAGGAAGCACCAAAUGGCCAUGAAGAAGCUAUCAAGACCAACACUGCCUUCUUCAACAAAACUGAUCACAUGCCCACCCCUAAAUGACUCAAACUUAAAUGGAGAGAAGCCUAACCGCACAAAAGAGUUCGUCCUGAAUCCCUCCGGUAAAUCCUACGUUUGUAUCCUUCAUGAGUACAUGCAGCAUGCCAUUCGAGUACAGCCAAAGUAUACAUUCCAGGAACUAGAUAAUGCUCAAAAUCCAUUUAGCGCAACUGUAUUGAUCAAUGAUAUACCAUACGGCACAGGAUAUGCUAGCAGCAAGAAACAAGCAAAAGUAGAGGCAGCUAAGUCAGCUUUGGCUACACUUAUACCAGAAAUGAGCAAAAUAGAUGUUGAAAUGGCCAAAGAUAUGAAGGAGGAUUUUUCGUUCUUCGAUGAUAUAAAGAUUGAAGAUCCCAGGGUGCUUGAACUGUGUACUAAAGCUGGUCAACCGAGUCCUUAUCAGAUACUCCUUGAAUGCCUGCAACGGAACUAUGGUAUGAUGGACACCAAUUGUAACAUGAGCAUGAAAUCUCUAAAGCAUCAAACUAGCGAAUUUACUAUGACAGUUGGCAAACAUUCUGCUACGGUGGUUUGUAAGAACAAACGGGAAGGCAAACAGCUGGCAGCUCAGUCAAUUCUACAGCUUCUCCACCCGCACAUCAACAACUGGGGCUCACUGCUGCGCUUGUAUGGCAAGAACACUCAGAAACAUCUCAAAUGGCAACAACCAGAUGAGGAGAGUGUGACACAGCUCCAGGUGCAGACAAAGUCCAAGCAGGUCAACACAGCUAUUCUGAACAAACUACAUAAGGAGAUGUUGAAACUCAAGGUCAAACAGGAAUCUGUUGUGUCAAAGGGAAAAUUGACGAUCAGUGAAGCCAUGCUACCAGAGCCGUCUGCUGUGCCAUGUUUAGAUGCCUAGCUUCCACAAAACUGACCACUGCAGUCUCUGUGGACUUCCAACUUGCGAAUAUGGAUACACAACUAGUUUAAGUGGCUAAUAGGGUUCAAGGGAAGCAUACAAGAACUUUGCAAUUGUUGUCCUGUAAUUUUUUUUACUUAAUUUAAUUGCUUAUGCCUCACUAAAUGUAGUUGCAAUGUGUAAUGAUAAAAUGGCUUUUUAUGUUGGCAUAGACUUUGACCAGAAAAUAGCUGUAAAAUCACAUUGAACACAUGUAUGUCGCCGAAUUUCAUUAAAUGUGUUGCCGAAUUUUUUUCUUGUUAUCAUUCUUUUAUUUAUUGAACCUUCUUAUUUGAGAAAUAUCUAUGGCAUAUUAUAAUUAUAACGGUGGAGAUAUAAAGAUGACGUUAUUCUGUGUGAUUAGAGUAAACAAGGAAAUGGCUUUAACUUGGAAUAGAAUGUUAUUUUUUGCUGAUGUGGAAACUAAUACAAUUUAUAGCACAUACAUUGUAUUGGUUUCCACAUCAGCAAAAAAUAAAAUUCUAUUCAAAAUAGUUAAAACUCGUACAAGUAUGAUAACAGGCAUUGGGCAUAAGUUUUACUGGUGACAAAUUUUAUUUGUGAUUAUAUCAUAGGUUGAGUUACCCAGUGUCUAAUAGCCUUCCACACAUCACUAUUUAUAGUUGUACAUGUAGCAUUUCUAGGGAGUUGACUUCACGUGUCUCGAGUUUAACAGUAGCUGUAGAUAGAAUAUUACACAUUGUUAUUGUCUUCAGUGAACUAUAGUUGAAGAUAAAACAAUAGCGGCGACCGAAAGAACUAUAUCUUUGUUGUGAAGGAUAAGUACUAUGUCGUUUUAACCUCAAAAAGAGCUAGCAGAAAAUCCAGUAAUUACCCGCUGAUAUCAUAUCUUGUUUUCAAAAAUUACUGUUGUGGUGAAUUUCUGUGCUAAAAUUGUGUAUUUAUAUGAAAUGUUUCGGUGUUAUAUCACACAAUGAAUUAUGAAGUUGUCCAUUAUAAAUGUAGGGCAAUUUGUGGCCACACUAGGGUACAAUUCCCCUCUCUACGUAACACUUUUACUUCCGAUUUCUGUAUCUCUGCCACAGGCCUGAAGUCCAGCUUCAAAUUUGUUGGAUAUGAUGAAAAAUUGUCACGGUUUGAUAUUCUCUUUAUGCUCACUGUUAACAUUUGAUACCAUACACGUACUGCAAACCACCAAAUUUUAACGGGCAUUUCAUUUUUUGCAGAUUUCACAAACAAUAUCAACUUGCAAAAGAUUUAAAGAUGAAAUAUUUUUUCUUAUUGAAAAACCGAGAGAAAUUAUUGUAAUUCGUCAAAAAAAUUCUUGAAAAUUUUAUUUUUGUCAAAAAUGUUUGCAAAUUGCAAAAAUUGAAAGUAGCCUGAAAUGUUUGGGGGUUUUCCAUAGUUGUUGGUCAUCACAUGAUAAUGAUAGCAAUGUUACCUAUUACCCCAGUGCCUUAUGACUAUGAGUACAUUUUAGACUGUAAGAUGAGAUUCACUUAUAAACCAUAAUGAUGUAAUGACAGACAUACCAGCCAACAAAUGCUAGACUAAUCACAAAACUACCUCGCGUUUUACAUGAUGAAAAGGGGGAAUUCCAAGACGUAUUGAACCUUAAAAGCACCAUAUACAUUGGACACUUCUCUAGUAAAGGACAACCUUUCUAUUAAGGACACUUAUUUUGGUAGAAAGUUUGUUGUUUCUGUUCAAAUUUGACCUCUCUGAUUAGGACACCUCUCAGCACUUCGUCAGUUCCGAGGGUGUCCUCAAUAGAGAGGUUCUACUGUACCUAGUAGUACCUAGUAGAACCGCUCUAUUAAAGGAACCAUUGGGACUGAAAAGCUGAACCAAGAGAUUGUCAUAUUUGAUUUAUUUUUGGAAAUACUUAAAACUAUUGAGGCAUAAGAACAUUGCUCCACAAAUCAAAUCAUCACAAAAAAGGUUAUAGUAACGGCAAAAAUUUAUUAGGUGAGCUUAUAAAUUUUUGGUAACAGUCAAGAAUCUCUUCUGAAACAAUCACUACCCCUUCCAAUUAAGCAAAUGCCUUUAAAUCAAAUGCAUCAGACCAAAACUAUGCAAUACGUAAUCUUUCUCAAUUUGUGUUGAAUAUUGUAAAGUUUCAGUCAUUUCAAUUGCUUUUUGUGUUCAUUUUCGAUACAUUUCUAUUCAUAAAUAUCUGUAAUGUUAAACUGAAUAUAAUAAAAUAUCCACAAUAUAGCUAUGUCAAUUAGCUACAGAGCACACCCCAAAUGAAUCAAGGUACAUUCGAAACCUCUCUUUUGAGUCAUCCGACAUAAAGGGCCACAUACCAGUCAGCCAACGCAUGGUACACCAACAAGUUCGGUAUUCUGGUACAAAAAAAGCUUCCUUUUCUUUGUCGAAGAUGCAGUCAUCCUAUACACAGUAACAUACCUUAUGAUGUUCAACUGUUAACCUGUGGUUGUGGAUCGAUGUUGUGUUCUAAGUGGUAACUCUGGUGUGAUGAAAGCAACGUGCUAUCUAAGUGCCAAUGAAUAAACAUAACCUAACUCAAACUUAUGUGUAUACCUCUUGAAAACUCGCAUAAAAUUGUCAUAUUAAUUGGCUAUUCUUGUUGCUUAAGCAUGUUACAUCAUUGCGACUAAUGUAAAUAGCAUCUGGCACCAAGCACUUUCAAGUACAAUGUACAUUUAAUACUGCAUCUUUGUGGCAUUAACACUGAUAACAACUGGUCAUCAACAAUACCUUCUCAAUACUCGUCAAAGAUAUCUUCUCCCUGCUGCAAUUCAUAUUAUUACAUGUACAACUGGAACCAUGUACACGUAGUCACUAGUCUACCUUAACUGUACCUAACCUGCCUGCUCAAAGGGUCACUCCGCAGUUGUCCGCUAACUUGAAAUGGCAGAGUUUAGGUCCAUAAUUUUGUAGCUUUGUUCUCUUCCUGCAUAAGACCACAACAGUAACUAUUCUAAUGAGCACAACUUUAUUAAAAGCACUUAAGUUACCUUAUUAAUCAUGUGAGUGGAAAGUUGAACACGUUACCUAAUUGCGUAUUCUUUGUCUUAGAGAUUGUCAUUACGAAUAAAAAUAUAUUGUAUAUGUCUCAUCCAUCAAGUAAUAUAUGAUGAAUUUAUUGUAAUGUGUCGAAAUUCUAUGAAUUAUCUCUGUGAAUGUUAUGAUGAUCAGACAUCUUCAACAGAAGAUCGUUGAAAUUUGCCUAUGGGCAAAAUGCUGUGGAACCGCUGUUGUGCUUACAUCUAUUUACAAAUCGUCAAUCAAAUGUGGUCUAUCAUCAUGCAUUACUUGAAAUGUUUUAUCAACACUUGAAAUACUGGUUGUUUAGCAGUUCAUGUUACAAUUUAAAGAAUAUUGUGGAAAUAUUUUGUGUUGUAAUGCACUUUUUUUAAUGACGAAUUCAUGUAGCUUUGCUGCUAUAUAAUCCUAAAGGCCUACUUCAAAUAACCAAAUAGAAUUGAAUAUGAAUUUAAAAUAAUAUAGAUUUCACAUUGCCAUGGUAUAGACUGCUAUACAAAUACUACAAAUGCCAAGUUGCAGCAAAUUUAUUUGCAAACUGCACUAUGAUUUAUUUAUUGAUAUCUAUUUUAUACUUGAGGCACAAGUAUAUACAAUGUACACAGACAGUGCAGGCCUUUAAGGUUGAUGGAAUCUUAUGUUCCUACCUCGAGUUCAGCAGUUUGUCACAGCACAAAGUGAAAUUAUUCUCCAUGUCUAUCGGUUGAUGUACCACCACAGUGAACAAUGUACCGCCACAAUUUGAAGAGUUCUUCUUCCAUCAUCUUGACAAACAAGGCACCAAGGUUUGAUAUAGGGCCCUUAUUAUGUUAUUAUGUUCUUUUGUCUUGCACCCAAAGGUCACGAAGUGUUCAUAAAAUUUGAAAAUGACGUGCUUAUUUCACUUAUGGCUGCGAAAUUGGCGACCUGAAACCUUAGCUGGUACUGGCGAUGGACACCAGUUGACACAGUUUAGGACGACCUCUUCCAGGCAACAGGGUACUAAAUAGCUACUCUGCUGGCAGGAUAUCUUGAGCCAAUGAAUGUAUUUUGGAGAUUAUAUUUAAUUGUAUGGAAUCAUGCGGCUGAGCUCUACUCUGGUAACAUUGCACUUAUUCAACUUUUUUCAUGUCUUCACAAGUAAACAAGACCGAGAUUACUGCCUCUUUGUCAUAGUCACAUUUCUUUAUCAAAAAUUGAGGAGUUGACAUUUUAGGUUAGUUUAUUUCUUUGUGUUUAUUCACUAACUGGAUCAGAAACAGAACUGAAAGUGAGAAUUGAAGGACAACCUGUGUGCAUUUUCUUAGUUUGUGACAAAAUAGCAAAAAUGUCACAUAGGCUUUUUUGGCUCUCAGAUGUUGAAUUAUUUUGUUUACAAAGCCCAACCACACAAUUGUAUUGUCAAUUUCCUUAUCUUUCAAUAUAUGAUUUUCACUUUAAUCUUUCGUCCACAUCACUGCUACUUAUUUAGCAGCCAAAGCCCAAAAAAUGCCUGUAAAGUUUUUGCACAGAGGUCAUUUUGACUAUGGUACUUGCACUCUCUCUGAAUAAAAGACUGUUGUAGUGUUGCUGUAGUUAUUUGGUGUUAAAAAUAAUAAAAACAAUUAUCAACCAUUGGCAUACUGAACUAUUCAGCUAUUGUAUUGAUAAAUGUAACUUGAUUUGAGAGUUCAACUAUCUGUUAAAUUUUUAACUUGGUGUUGGUGUCAAUAUUAUGUAUUGUAUCAGUGACAUUUAUUAUUUAGCACCAGUGACAGUGCUCUCCACCUUUUUUAAAAAAGGAGGCCCGCCCCUCUCUUCUGAUGGCAUUUGUUUUAUUCACUUGAGAACAGACUUGCUUUUAAGGUAUAACUGAGUUUGUUGGGCCUGUUCAAGAAAAUGGGUAGCCCCUCCACUCUACCAUGUUUUUGGGAGAAUUAUCUAUCAUUCAAUAAAUUUUACCACCGAGAUGUUGCUGUCUUGUAACUUGCAGCAAUCAUAUCUUUUUAGACUUUCCAUGAAUCCUUCUUUCCAGUUUAACAAUCACAAUGUGUCGCUAAAUGUACUACAAUGUUUUUGCAACCACCGCUGGGAUCACAGAAUGAAAUUAAUCAAAUUUGGCCCCAACGUGUUGUUUUAAAGAGGUAAAUGAAUUUAGCAAUUAAGUUUUUUCUUCCAGGAAUGCGCAACAACCUAUCAUGCAAUGUACACCUUCAUGUACAUGAACAUACCAGCAUCCACGAGUUCCUGCUCGUUUUUUAUGUAUGCAAAAAGGAUCCCCCUGCUAAGUGUGGUGCACCUCAUUGGACAUUCCAACUAGUUGACACAAAAAGCAAAAUUUCAUUGAUUUUGAAUAACACCCAAAGCAAGAUAUGCUACUAUUUACUCCGAGUGUCUGAGGGUCUAGACAAGUGUGAUGAAGAUCACUUUGCUGUCAAAAAUUGCCCCGAAAAAUGUGUGGAAUGUGUAUGUUGUAUGUUUCAAUAAGUUUAUCUCUGUUCUUUCUUUAAUCAUUACAGUUUCUAGUUGCAGUUUGAUUAAGUUUUGUCGCUUUUGUUUUUAAUGAAAUGUAGUUAAAUAUUUGGCAUUCAGCAUUGUUCAGUUGUUUAAAGGAAUAGGUAGGCCUACAUCUAUAUCCAUUUCUGUACGAUUAGAAUAUUGAGACACAUUUCCUAAUUACAAUUGGUUUUGUUCCGCUAGGUUUCUUAAUCAAGCCAAUUACUGUUCAGUUUAGGAUGCUACUAUUUUUUUAGUUAUAUAGUUCCUUAAUAGAGGGCCAUCAAAUGCCCGAAAUACAUGUGCUUGUUUUGAGAUGUAUUCCUGUUCGAUAGUGUUGGCUGGGAAGUAGCCUGUCAAAAUUCUGCUGAACACUGUCAAGUCUAAAACCUGAUUACCGGUACACAUACAAAGAAAAAUGUUAUAAGAGGUGUUUUCUGACCGCAAUAUGUUGCAUGACCGUACAGCCCACAAGGGGAGGCCACAAAUUCCUGUCGAUUAUGUUAAAUUAUGUUGAAUCCUUAUCUUCAGAAAUAUUUAGAGGCAUAGGAAUUGCGUCUAUCGCCUGAUGAGAGGGGUCCAGGUUUUCAUUUACCUCUGUGAAGCAUUCAGAUCUGUCAUAGUUCCGAUUGAGUGUGUUAUGAUAAAGAAAACCUUCCUGUUUUUGUUGCAUGUUUGUUGUACCCGUGAUCUCUGAAGAAACAAUUGGUCGAAUUUUUCAUUUCUUGUUUAUGUUAUGUUCAUUUCUUUUCUAUUUAUUUCCAAUAUAGACUGGUUUAAAAUACGUUUUCAAUUCAACGUGCUAAAACAAUAAAGAUUUUACACUAGUCCUGCGAAAUGUGUUAAAUCGCUAAAAAUCAAAUGGUAUUGUAAUGUGCAAAAAUAUUGUUUAAAGUGGCAUUUAACAAUGUUUAAAUCGCAACAUAAUAUGCUCCUUUGCAGACAUUCAACAUCAUCUAACUGUUAAAACUUAUUCUAGUUUCUUGUAUUGGAUGCACUGGUCUUCCAUCCAAAUGAUGCGAGAUAUACUGAUAGAACUAACAUUUCAUUACAUGCGCCUUGCAAACUCUAAAGUUAACAAGAAUUUAUUACCACAGCCCAUUUGGUACAAUGGGAUACUAAAAUCCAAGGUUAUCCAGUUAGUCCGUCAGGCAGGGUUUACAUAGAGCUCAACAUGAAUCCUAUGUAAACCGGGCCAUCUGGACCAAUCACUCGCAGAGCUUGACAUCUGGUGCUUUUAAGUCAGGAAUGUCUGAAUACAUAGAGAUAUUUGGCACUUAAACAUUUUUUAUUUGCGCACUCUUAUUCAUAUAUGAUGAAAUCAUUUCCAAAACAGAAGUUGAAAUUACAUUUAUAAAGUUCGUUUUCAUUUCCUGUUUUUUGACGAUUAAUCAUAAAACACCAAGUCGUUUAUUAAAAUACUCUUGAUUUAAUGUUUGUUUACGUCAACUGCAUAAAACUUGUUACUUUUCUUGUUUGAUAUUUCUUCUUCUGUUGUAUUGAUUAAAUCUCUUCUAACUGUUCUGUCUCAGCAAGAGCACAUUACGUAACUGGACAAACACAAAAGGGUUCAAAUUUGUUGGGGUGUUAAGUGAAAGAGCACUCUCGUGUGUACUGUUGAUGCUAUCACAUUCUGUCCAAUAAGAAUUUUAAAACAAGAUGGCAGUACAUGAGAGAUAGUUGUAAGCAAAUUUAUAGAUCAAUGUCAAAAAUUGUAAUCGUAUUCUUCUGAGUGUAGACUAACUGAAUUGCUUCAGUUACGCCUAAUAUUUAACAAAGCGUGUAAUUAUGUGUCCUUCCAUACCUCGCUUAACUUAUCAAGAGUCGAGUGCCAAUUAACCCGCAUCAGAGCAACACUAUGUUUCUGUGUAGUUUUGAAUGAUAAAUCAUAACGGUAAUGGUGCUUCUGUUAAGACCAAAAAAUGGGGCAUUAGGAUUCAUGCAAUUGGUCUUGUAAAUGAUUUGUUUGGGUUUUUUAGUUAUUUUAUUGUGUAUUGAACACUUUUAACCUUUGCCAGCUAGACCAAAUGUCCCAAGUCUAAUAUGUAUUAAUUUGAUGAACUUUCACUGAUUUUGCUCCUUUCAUUGAUCUCAUUUUGAAGUAAAGUCCAUGAGUUGAUAACGACUAUAUGUAUACAUAGUCUGUAGUCUGUAGUCCAGCAACCAUUGUGUGUAUAGCGCACCAUGUCUAUAGUCAUUAAUGUGUUUUUGGUCAACUGAAUAUAACAACCUGAAGAAGAAAUGGACUCACGAAUCUGGCAUUAGUGUUAAAUGUUGUAUCACUCACAUUUCUCUCUAUUGUAAACAGUGAAAUGGUAAAAAAAACAUAAUUUGGCCAUUUCCUGUAUUCUAAUUUCCAUAAAUCUUUAUAUAUCCUUAUGAUAAAGACACUGCUAUUUUCACUAUGAUGAUUUUCAUGCACCAUUUAAUUUUGCGUUUUAUAGGUGGCAAAAUUAGACACGAUCGCAAAACAAUUUUGGUCUACAAUAUUCAUCGUCGUCAGUAAAUCUACAAUAUGAUAUCUUUCUAAUAGUAAGUGGUGGUUGGUGCUUUGUAACUUUAUCGUAUGCAAGUCCAUUUCUCGAAUCUAAUUUCAUUACCCUCAAUGUGCGCCAUACAUUUUGUUUUGCUGAAAUGAUUCUAAAAUCUAAAAGAAGCCAGUCCGCAAUAGACAUUUGCUUGUUAAAAAUUUAAUCAUACAUGAUUUUGUUGAGAAUGAAUAUAAAUUUUUGGUGUCAUUAUCAAUAUUUUCUUGUCUUUCUUAUGGUCUUUUCUCCACAAUUCAGAGAAAAUACCGUUCAUGUACAAGUAACAAACCUUUUCUUCUUACCUGUAACAAGUUAGACAGCAUUAUGGGUCGUACGGUUUAAUGUGCAAUCGAUGUUUCAGAAAACUACAUUGUAUUAAGAAAUAAA